AGAAAGAAGAGGAAGGAGAGGAGGGAGGCCUCUUUCAGAGGUCACGAGCGGCCUUCAGUUCUGACUUGAAAAUACGACGGCGGCGGAAACAGUGAACGCAAUCGAGAGAGUCGAACAUUUUCCCUGUGAACCUGCCUUCCUCAAAUGAAAAGACAAACGAGCGCCGUUUCUGCGUCUUUCGCUCCUCACAACGCCACGGCAUCUCCCGGAACGCGGAGAAAAAACGUUCCGGGAAGUGCGACAGACCUGCGUGGACUCGGUGGUGGAAACACAGCGAGAAAAAACUGGCAGCUUCGGUCAACGAGGCGCGUAGUCAGCACAAAAGCACGGCUGCAUGCGCUAAAUACGACUAGACAAGACAGCGCGGACGGAGUUCGCACGUUGCUCCUCUGUCGAAGAGGAGUUGCGUCGCGGAAAUGUGGAGAGAAAGGAGAUCGGCGAAAAAGUGAAGAGGGCGACAGGAAAGAGCGCCGGGCACCGGACAGAAGGAACUCGAGAGCCUGCGAAAAAAGAGCUCAGCAGCGUCGGCGUGAAGGUCGAGGCAGCGGCAGAGAAAACCUAGGAACGACCGGAGUAAACCGGUGCCUUCAUAAUGAGGAACCGACCCGGAAGUGAAGGCUUUCGUGGAGACAUACAGCCGGAGUCUCUGAGAGUGAGAGGUGCUGCAAAAACUCGGAGAAAAUCGAGACCAUUUAGCACCGUCCUUGGUUCUGUCCAUGCAUGCAGUGUGGUGGUCGACCCCGAGCAGCAGACCGCGAGACACACACAGACACCUAAGGCUUGCAGGGCGAGAAAAGAUACUGAAUGAGGUAAAAACCUUUCGCAGUCAGGUAUAAACGUAGCCCAGUUCUAGAAAUCCAGGAAAAUCUUCUUUUCUGGAGUCUUCACCGCAGACACACAGCGCCCGCCAGCUGUCCGACAGACACCUCGUUUCCCUGGAAACUUGCGCAAGCGUCGCAGGCCUGAAGAGCGGAUGGCGGGCAGCUUUUCGUCGGCAGAAAAGGCAAAGGAGGCACGUUUCUCCGAGUUCUUCACUCGUUUCUGUCUACCUAAACACGGUGGGAUUGUGAUCCACCUAUGCAACCCAAGACAAGGCGGCGCAUGCGCACAGGUCGAAACCAGGUGACCCGUUUCACAGCGUAGGUACUUCGUGGCAGACAAGUCGUCGAGAUAGACCAAAACGCAUUGUCCACCGAGUGCACACUCCUCCCUUCUUGCCGCUACGAUGUCCGCAACGUGCUAGCCGCCAUGUUGUCCAUCUACUCUAUAUCGGGACGCCAAACCACCCC